AUGAUGAGCACCAAGGCAAACUUAGAUGCGCAGUUUCCGGCUCCUUCUCCUCCCCCUUCCCCGUUGUCCCCUGGGCGUUGGCCGGGAAUGUCUGAGGAGUCGACUCUCGCAUUGCGAAACCUCCUAAAAGAAAACCACACGAAAUGGCAUAUUUUCUUUAAUAAUUUGCACUACCAUAAUCAUACAUCUCAUCACCUGCUCGCCCUUUACUACUUAGGCGCUAGUCCCGCCCUAUUGGAUGCCGCAUAUCAAAACCAUGUUUCGUAUAUGCGUCCUGCCAGGAAGAGUCCAGAACCGAUCGCCGCGAAGAAUUUCCACCUGCACCUUGGUGACGAGAACUUCUACUCUGGCUACGUUGACUUUUUCUCCUCAGUUCUAUCGGAGAAAGGAGCCGCGGCAACUAUCGAAGAGUAUAUAUUCUCCCCGAAGGUUAACAUCGAGGCGCCUAUGUCCGGAAAGCCCCCUAUGAACAUGUUGAACCGCUUCCUUUCCGGCGUGUUGCACCCCCUCAUUCACACUGGAUACGGUGCAGAGUUUGGCCUGCUCGGCAUGGUCGCAGAGGGUCUUGCCCAGGCAGCGGUCCAUGCCCCGGGUUCACCAACUCUUGUCUCGCCUUCGUUAUUCCAACGCGCAUCUUCAGUCUCCUUUGACGUCGUCAACGCUGCCGUCGAUCGUUUGACGGAGCUUAUGCCAUCGCUCGUACUGGAGUCGGCGCAGCGCGCCCUCGGAGUCCAGCAUACGCAAGUAAAGGAUGGCGUUCAUGCGCUCACUAUUCUUUCGCGCAUCCUGCGCGAUCCUGCGUUCUCGUCAACUGCGAUUGGACUGCCGGUGACUGACAACUCAGAGACUCCGUUCCAACGCGUGGUCCGGCUGCGCGGGGAAGCGCUUGUUGCUCACGCUGAGGCGUGGAGCGUUGAUGGGACAAGCACCGAGGAAGUCGCAAGCAAAAUUGAAGAGAUCAUCUGGAUGAAUACGAUAGUGUACGGUGUCUGCGGCUGGGGCGGACGUAAAACCUCCGCUAACGGGAAGUUCAAGCCCGACUUCUUUCUUCUGCACUCGGUGACCUCCGCGAUCUUCCUGCAUUCGCUCACUGCCUACCUCUCUCCGACAUCAAAUUCCAUCCUCCUCCGUACAUAUUUCAUCAAUUGCCUCGCUGUGUGGGUCUCGCUCGGACGCCCUGCGCCUCCCCUCAGCGCCUUUUUCUCCUCCCCUGAUUUGCCCACAGCUCACCCUACCGAACCCGGCACACACUCAGAUCCUACGCCUGGCACACUGGUUCGCGAGGACAUGUCCCCGAACCCGUGGCUGCCCAUCCUGCAGACGACGCUCAUGUAUCCGGAUGACCACCUAUGCAAGCUGCAGCGCGCUCUCGCUCACUUUGCUGCGCUCUAUGGCACUACACCCAAGGGACACUUUGCCGCGCUCGCGCGGGGCGAUGCGCCGCUGGAGGGGGCGGAGGAGUUGGAUGGGACGCUGUUUGUGCGCGUUGCGGGCCUUACAGCAGAUGCGCUUGGCUGGAUGAGGGAGGGCCAGGAGCAGAAGGGUUACGAUUUCGGUGGGUUCUACGAGUGA